AAUUCUUGGAGAGCAAUCUUGAUUGGCGAUUGGAAUAGGAAGCUGCAAUGUGUGCAAGGAGAAUAAGGGGUAAGGAUCAAAGAUGGAGUUUGGCGUUUCAACCGUCCAAAUAUUUGAUUCGGCCAAACAUUGAGGACCAUGAUUGCUCUCGAUCUUUGAGACAUACAAUUAUAGCUGAAAGAAAUUUCUCUUCUCGGAGUGGUUUGAUCAGCAGACAUAUAUUGACUGCCUUUUCUUCUCAAACUGUUUCUUCAAGAAGUAAUUACGCCAUCUUGCAAGGGAGAUUCGGUAAGGGGUUGAAAAAUGGCCAACUACGUUUCUAUAGCUCGGAAGGGGAUGGAAGGAAUGCAAGUGAGGAUAAGCAUGCACCUGUGAAAGAAGGGGCCAGCUUUGACAAGGGAAAGACUUGGUGGGAGACAGAUGGGGGGGAGAGUUCAAGGAAUUGCAACCCCCAUGCUCAACUUGGGGAACAGGAUCAGAAGGAAUGGCUGAAUAAUGAAAAGCUCUUCAUUGAGAGGAAAAAGAAAGAAUCUCCUUUUCUUACUCGACCUGAAAAGUUCAAAAAUGAGUUCCUGCGCAGAGUGUUCCUUGGGAGAAAAUAGAUGUUUCUUGGGAAUCGUUCCCCUACUAUAUUAAUUAUUAAGUAAUUACCAGUCAUGAUUACUUCACUGUAUUAGUUAUCAAAAAAUAUGUUUCCCCCCUGUUUUUCUGUCGC